UCCGAGGGGGCGGGGGCCGAUGGAAACCUUUGCUGGACCGGCACCAGGCAAGGCUGAAGGCUGAGCUGGCCCGGCUCAAGGUUCAGCGCCGUGUGAGCCGCAACGAGGAUCUGUUGCAAGUGGGAUCCAGGCCUGGCACAGCCUCCCAGGUGCCUCGAUUUGUGCGGGUGAACACUCUCAAGACCAGCCUUGAUGAUGCAGUCGAUUACUUCAAGAGGCAAGGUUUCUCCUAUCAGGGUCGGGCUUCCAGACCCUGCCUGUCAUUUUCUGUCUUCAUGGGCCGAAGAACCUCCUGGUCUCCCCACUUCCAGACUUCAGCUGUGGUUGGCUGCAGAAAGUUCUCCCAGCGGAAGACCCUUCGUGGGCUGGCCCCUGGGCUGUGCCCCCUGCUUCCCGGGCUGCGGUGCUCGCCUGCACCCCCGCACCUCCUCGGAGUUUGACAGCUCUGGGAAGUCGCCUCCACUCCCUCCCUUUCCCCUGCUGCCCAUGGAGGCCAGGGUGGUGCAGGGGGGCCGGCCGCUUGGCCUGGGGCAGCCGCCUGCCCCGUGCUCCGUCCCCGAGCUCGGUGAGCGCGCCUUUUGCCCCCGCCCCUCACGCCAGCGCCCACCGGCCCCGCGUGUGUUUCCAAGCACUGACUGGCGUUUCGUGAGCGCCUCCCUUGUGCGGGCUGCUUUCCUAAGUGUCUCGGAUGUCGUAACUCCGUCCUCAAUGGCGACCGUGCCCCAGAAGCGCGAGGGGCAGCGCGAGAAACGUGGGGCCACAGGUAAGAGGCCCAGCCUGGCGCUCGGCCUGCGGCAGCUCCCAGCAUGCUCGGUGCUUCUUGUUCCCUGGCAGCCUCGAGGACGCGCGGGCCCUCCGCGGCAGGUGCUUUCUUCUGGAUCCCUUGUUGCCCGAGCUGCUGGUGUUUCCGGCCCAGACGGAUCUGCACGACCACCCACUGUACCGGGCCGGUCACCUCAUCCUACAGGACAAGGUGGGGCAGGCGGCCGGGGGGGCGGGGCGCGCACGCGUGGGCCGGCCGGGGGUCCCCGUGCCCCAGCGCUGCGCUCUGCCCGCCAGGCCAGCUGCCUCCCAGCCGCGCUGCUGGCCCCGCCCCCGGGCGCCCACGUCAUCGACGCCUGUGCCGCCCCCGGCAACAAGACCAGUCACUUGGCCGCUCUCCUCCAGAACCAGGGGAAGAUCUUUGCCUUUGACCUGGAUGCCGGGCGCCUGGCGUCCAUGGCUACCCUGCUGGCCCGGGCUGGGGUCUCGUGCUGCGAGCUGGCGGAGGAAGACUUCCUGGCGGUCUCACCCUCUGACCAGCGCUUCCGUCGGGUCCAGUACAUCUUACUGGAUCCUUCUUGUAGCGGCUCAGGAAUGCCAGCCAGACAGCUGGAGGAGCCCGGGGCAGGCACCCCGAGCAAGGCACGGCUGCAGGCCCUGGCCGGGUUCCAGCAGCGAGCACUGCGCCACGCGCUCACCUUCCCCUCCCUGCAGCGCCUGGUCUACUCCACGUGCUCCCUCUGCCAGGAGGAGAAUGAAGAUGUGGUGCGCGACGCCCUGCAGCAGAACCCAGGGACCUUCAGGCUAGCUCCCGUCCUACCCUCCUGGCCCCACCGAGGCCUCAGCACUUUCCCCGGGGCUGAACACUGCCUCCGGGCCUCCCCCGAGACCACGCUCACUGGUGGCUUCUUUGUUGCCGUUCUGGAAAGGGCAGAGGUGCCGAGCUCAGUCCCGCAGGCUGAAGCAGCGGCGCCCGAACCCACACCCAGCGCAGCCCCGCGGAGGAAGAGACGGCGCCAGGCCGUGGCUCCUGGCGCGCAGCCCCGCACACAGCAGGUCCGCAGGGCUUCUCCUUCUCGGGUGGGGAGGAAGAGCCCGCUCCUCCCCGCAGCUCAGCCAGCAGGUUUUUGAAAGGUUUUUUUUAUUGCUUUAGAAAGGAAAGCGGUAACCCUGAAUCUCCAGGGGGGGACAGAGUGGAUUUCCUCGUCCUCUGGGUCCCUUCCCGGGGCCGUGUUCCUGCUGGUGAGAGAAUUCUGCCCACAGAAAUAAAAGGUGGGACACGGAAUACGA